AUGAAAAAGUUCAACGAAUCCCCUGAUUGUCUGCGGAAGCAUUCCGCAAAAUUUGCUGGUUACUCACUGGGCCGCGCGGAUUUUGCUUGGGGACGCGCAAUGUAAAAUAGUUAUUCAGUUAAACAGUCCUUUUAUUUCUUUUUAAACGUUUCUGUUUUGUUGACGUUAUCCUUCUUCUAGUUCUUUUUGAAAGACUUUAGAAGAUAUUGACUUUGGAAUAUUUUUAAACGUGUUAAUUAGUGAAUAUUCACACUUAACAUAUGUUAAGUGUCUAGCUAUUAGAAUGCCUGUUUUGUCCUUUUUCUUCGUCGUCAUUUCUCACUUACACUAUAGCGACUUUGAAAUUUCGAAUCGCAUUCGUAGAGUCGCUUUUUAUUAAUGACCAUUCUAGGAUGGUUAUGUGGUGACAUUUUUUAAGUGGCAAUUCUUGGAAAUUCACAAAACAUAUAUACAUAUAAUGAGUUAAAAUUUGGACAUAGCAGUGCUUACUUAAAGUGAAUAUAUAUCCACAUAAGCCGUUCUACGGCUGUGAUAGGGACCGGCUCGAGGAUUGUCAACGUUUUCAUCUACCUCGUCUAAAGAUGGCUAUGCAUCCACAAUGCGUGACGACGAUGCCUUCUGGCUGCGCUCCCGUGGACGAUCGUACGCCUUCGGAAAUGCACUUUUAAAUGCCUUUUCCAGUUGUUAACGACCGGAUCUUUGGUCAGUAUUUCACCUAGUGAAGACAUCUAUUGUAUAUGAACAAAGGGAUGUUUGUCACACUGAUGACUGGGACGUAGAGGGUGCAGCUGCAGAAGGCCCCUUUCCCCUGUUGCUCAUUUAGGGUGGCCAUGCGUUUAAUCAUGGGUCCCACAGACGUUGGCGUGGGCGUGGAGCUGAAGCAACACGCCCGCGCAGCCAUCCUUUCAGAUACUGCGUCAAUCUUCAAAUUCGACUCGUCAACAUUCGCCUGUUUUGUAAGCAAUUUUGCACGAGCCAUCAAAGGCAGGCCCUUAGCCUAGAUCUCUUCCCGUGUGACGAUGCAUGAAUGCGUUAGGCUACUGAAAGAGACGGAUAUUAUACAAUGUCGAACUCUGCGGAAGACGAAGAGACUUGGGGUAUAUUUUGUGCAGUCCAUAUGUUCUUACCGUAUGGCUUCUUAGCGUCCCAUUUGGGACGUUUGUUGUUAUGUGGCCUUUCUUCGUCAGACACCGUACUCUACAAUCAAGCAGGUCCUGAAUGAACGUACUUACCACUGGCCGUUGUCGUUACCGUUGCCGCAUUGCUUGCCCCACCCAACAGCUUUCGCGCGUCAGAGGGCGGGUCCGUAGGUAGUCGCCUAAUAAUCUUGAGAAGACUCGUCAGAUGAAUAAGGGUUGUGUGCGAGUGUAUUGCCCACACACGCAGAGCAUCUCGUACUAUCGGUUCCUCUUCACUUGACAGGGUUCUUGUUGAUUUCUUGGACGCUGUGUUCGAUGCCACAACCACCAAACUAGUCUCUUCGUCAGAAGAGGAAAUGUCGGUGUCGGUUGACAAUCUGUGGGAAGAAGAAUCACGCCACAAAGAUGGCGGUGAGUCGGACGGAUAUAUUACACUCGUAUUCUCAGCAAUUUGGCUUUUAUGUUCAUUGACCACACGAUCCGCACGUCUCUUAAAUGUUUUCUUUGAUAUUCUCGUCCGCAUACCAAAAGCGGUAUAAAAAGGGUUGGUGUGCAGGGCCAAGGAGGAGAUCAAUAUGAAGCAAGAUAUUGCCCGCGCUCAGCAACGUGAAAAGGCAGGAAUUGGCGGGCAAGAGCGCGCGCAAGUGCAAGCUCAUCGUCCUAUCGGUUUGCCAAUAAGCAUGCGUGCAUUGGUGACGCGAUCGUUAGGGGCAGUAUCAAGCAAUUAAUUAUCAGCAACGAUUGGAGGACGGGACACUAAUUAAGAAUCGUCUUACUUUGCUAUUAGGGUAGAACCUCCGUCUCCGACUGUAUUUAACUUAUGUACCCUGCCAGCUCUCUGCCAAAUGUUCUUUAAGUCGCUCCGGAAAAUUUUCAGCGGGCAAUAAAGGCAGACACUCAGGACCCCGUCGAACACAUGGUUCGACCUCGAUGCCUUCGCUUGGAAUGUUAUCGCCGCAAACAGAUGCUCAUGUGCUUAUAACGCAUACAAUAUCCUGCGCUCCCCUCGUUUCGCAAACGCCCACAACAUUUACGGUGUUGAUAAUAGUAGUUAUACAGCAGACUGAGUUCAACCCAUCCCAGAAGUCAGUUUUAGAACCAGUCAAGCAGGUUAUAAUCCUGACAGAUCAGAAGUAAAAGUUUAUUACGUGAUAAGAGUAUUAAUGUGCUUAAUAAGGCCGCGGGAAUAAUAUUGAGGUUACGGGCAAAUACAAAGCUUUUUGACUUAUUGUUCGUUACUACCCUCUGAUCCGUCGAUUGACUAGCAUAUCUACAUCAGUUCGCAGGCGGUAGGGAGACAAAAGGGAAGAUAGAGCAGGCGGCAACUACUGCUGUGGGACACGCUCUUCCGUGUUUGGAUACGUAGACCAAGUACAGCAAUUCGCAUAGAUAUUUAAUGCAGAAUCUUCUGAUUCAAAACAAAACUUAGUGAAACAUCAAUUAGUUUACCUUGGUUUCGGCCAAAGUGAACAUCACCUUUCGGCCAAAACAUACCGUCGGCGUGCAAGUCGCCUCGGAAGCUUAUUGAUAGCCUUCACGGACUAUUCACCUCCCGGAUGCUCGCGAUUGCUAUUAGUAUAGUCAGGUGUCUUAAGUUCCCGCCAGUUUGUAAAACUAUCACGGCACGUUUCUGCCGGCAUCUUCUCACGUCCACAAAACGUCUUACUUGUACUUAGUACGGCUGCGAUCAUGCCUGAUCUAGCCGGCCUCGAUGAUGUCCCGAACUGUACAUCUCCACGCCUGGUGAUCCGCGGCGGCAAAUCUGGACAGCUUAACCCAUCCUCUUCGCAAGUGACGGAGACCGAUUACCAAAGGUCCAAGAACCACUUCCAUGUCUUUACGAACUGUGUCGAGCCAGGUUUUCAGUUGACUCCCUCUUCGACGCCUGCGAUAGCGUAACAAUGCCGGAUCGAAGGCAGUAACACAGAAUUCCUGAAGUGGACGCCGAAAAACAUACUCAAAGCACCUCAGUAGUCUUUCUUGGAUGGCCUGGAUUAUCCUUGCUAUGUUGUCGCAGCGAGCGCGGACUGUCUCAUUUGAGACGAGGUCGGUGUAGUUCACUAGAAAGAUGACCCUUGAGCAGUGGUGGUCAAAUACCCCCAAUUUUCGCUCGUCCUCCACGCGCACAGUCCAGCAUUCGCAACCAUAGAGAAGGACAGACCGGAUAGAUGCACGCUACAGGCGAAUAUUAGUCCUAGUGGCGAUGGAAAUGCCGCAUCGGAUCCAUAGGCACUUUCUAAGGCUUGAGAAAACCCGGUGGGUAGCAUCAGUUCGGAAGACAAUGUGGUCCUUACUCUGUCCAUCCGGCAGUGGCCUCGCCCAGGGUAUUUAAAACUGUCUACUUCAAGUUGGCAACCAUUAAUCCAGAGAUGUGCCUUCUCCUGGUCAGGGAUGCAGCUUGAGAACACUCUGCCCUUCCCAGCAUUUAUGGAUAAGCCGACCAAUUUAGCGACCUCGUUCACCCGUGACACCGUAGACUGCAGAUCAACAAAACUUGAGGAAAGUAAGGCAAUAUCAUCGGCAUAGUCGAGAUCAGUCGGUCGCUGUCGGGGUGCAAACUCAACGCCGUCAUCUUCGUGUAGGGCCCUCCCGACAAUCCAGUCAAUACGUAGCUGAACAGAAUGGGGGACAGGAUACAACCCUGUCGAACACCAGACCGAAUACCGAACGGUUGGGAAAGAUUGUUAUGGACCAGAACUCGCGCAGUGGUGGAGCUGUAAGAGGCCUUGAUCAUGGCGAUGACUUUUGGCGGUACACCAUCCAGUGCUAUUAUCCGCCACAGGAACUCACGGUGGACGGAAUCGAACGUGGUGGCAAAGUCAGCAAAGCAAACGGCCGUCAGUCGCUGGUAGCUGUAGCAGAAUUCGAGAAUCCGCUUCAGUGUGUAUACCUGGCCCGUUCAUUCAUUUUCAGCUCGGAAUCCGGUUUGGUUGGGGCUCGUCGUAGAGUCACGUACAGCCUAGUAUUGCCUGAUUAGGACAGUAGCGAAGAUUUUCGCAGCAACUUCGAUGAAGAUUAUGCUGCGAUAGUCCUCGCAUCUUGUAUUAUCUCCCCUCUUGAGGAUAGGUGCAGGGAUGCCCGAGCCCCAGUCAUCAGGAGCGAGCUCCUCUCUUCACGGUUGCCCAAUCCCCUCACGGAGCCAGGCCGCCAGAAUACCGACACGAGACUUGUAGAUUUCAGCAGGUAUACCGCCCUCUCCGGGAGCCCUGGUGUUGCGUAGUCUUUGUAUAGUAUCAGAGACUUCUCCUUCAGAAGGGGGUCGCAUCACAUUGCAUGGGUUGGAGAGGGAGGAGACUCCGCUGCAGGGGAGAGCAAGGUUGUUGGUGGAUUUCGUAUCGAAAUUGAGAUGGUGCUCGAAGUGCUCACUAUACGAAAAAUUGCCUCUAACUUGUAGCUGGGACCGCAACAAGCACACAAGAUGGAGAGGACGAGCAAAUAUGGAUGCAAGAGUCAGAACGAGAAUACCCUAUAACAUGGCCUUAUUCAUCUUACAAUUGACGUACUAGAACUAAAACGAGAAAUAGUAAAGUAGUAGAUAAGAUGGAAUUUAGCCAGGGGCUCAUGUUAGCAUGACACUAAGCCUUGGUCGUUGCUGGUCCAGUCGCUUGAAAGUAUGUGAAUGUCGGACUUUAGCCACUGGCACGAGAGGACGCUGAGAACCCCCACGUUCACAGGGGUGCUGUUCAACUCCUCGUCUUAAUCUUCACCCACAGGUCUAUCGUAUCUGCUUUACACUUUUAACUGAACGUUUCUUUAACGCGAGUUAGACACACAGGGGGAAUGCCAGCACGCGCCCUUACCAUUUGUUAUCCAGCUUCCACACUGUUUGCCGUAUGUGCGCGUCCGUUGCUAAUAUUUUGGAUACAUUUCAAAAAAGCAGUGUCCAAAUUCACGAGGAUGCUAUCGACCAGGAAAGCCGUUUAAUAUGUGAUUAUCAGUAACCAAAGAUUAUUUCUGAAUUCACCGGCCUCUGUGCGAAAAGGUUUGCAUCCGUAAACUUAGCGACGAAAAUCUGUAUUGUCCCAAAGACUAAGUGGUGAUCUAGCACCAACAGCCAAAUAUCCAGGAAAGGCGUGCAAUUUGAAGUGUGUGGUAUUUGGUUACAGAACAUUCGCCUACUUGAUUAAGUGGGGCCCAGGGUUUGGAGAGCAAAACAAUAAAAAGGAAAGGGUUUGAUGUCUCAAUCUUGCCGGUUGCGGUUAAUUUCAAAACUAGGAUCCACUUUAAAAUAUAAGCAGGCAGGAAGACUUAGUUCUUAAAAUCUGCUCCUUAAUCUUCGCUUAUAGCGGAAGUCAAUAUUGCUUUUUAAAUUGUCUUAGUCGUACCUGCGAACCUGCUAUUCGGAAGCACCAAUACCCUCCUACGUUAGCGCGCGCUUUGCUAAAAACUAUCCUUUUUAUUGGGUUUUGACUCAUUACUUUUGCGGACGUUAAUUGGUAGGCGUCUGAGAAUCUUAGCUACCACUUCUGAUUGCCUCGGCGGUUUACUAAACGCCGUACAAGUCAAAUUGUUUUGCCAUCUACUAAACACCGCAUAACUCAAGUUGUUUUCCCACUUACGGUAAUUUGGCCAACUUGUAGUCAUAUCUCUGGAGUCAGUCUGUCUUCUGCUAAACCCUUUCUUAGUCAUCUUAUAGAUUUAUUAGGACGACGGUCGAAUUUACAGGUCGUAAAAAGCACUUUACUUAACUAUUCGCGGAUUUUAUCCUAUUGCAUAUUUUCGUAAAAGCUUGUUCCACCAUAUGUAAACGUUUUAACCAGGUGUAGAUAGCUACUGACUGCAUCACAGUAGCCUCAUAAAUUGAUCCAAGUAAAAGCUAUCGCUAUUUUGCCUAGGUCCUCCCCCUCCUCAAAUACUGACACCUCGCGAGCUGCUCCGGUGACGGCUGUUCCAUCCGAACGUAACCUUUUCUCGUCGAGCAUUGUGUUGGCCCAGUACUCCUUCACCCUUCAACUCCUCCUCCGUGUUAUCACAUUUGCUUUGAAUGGACUCGCCUUUCGCCAUCUUGACGCCGGCAUACUGGGAAUUGUUAACUUUCGCCUAGGUCUUUACUACUCAACUGUUGUGUUUGCUGCCCGCGAAUCUUUCCGGAGAGCCUGUCUCAGUAGAGGUGGUGAACUGCUCUCUCAGCGGAUGUUCGGAGACGGUCCAUCUCGGCGCAGUGAACGCCAACGCCUGUGGCACGGACUCCUCAAUGUAAUGUGGUUGACGUACGUUAGAAGUACCCGCUGCACCAGACCCCGGGCCGUCUCAUGAAAUCUCAGUCAGACAUUUACGCUCAUGUUUUUUACUAAUUUUUAGUGUUCCCGCCGGUCUUCUCAUGAUCCUCAUCCUCCUGCCUGUUUGGCUCUUUGUUUGGCCCUCACCGACUCUGGAUAAAACAGCCCUUACGAUCGACCCGACUGUGUUGACUCGUCAGUACACUGUGUCAGCCCUCGUGUACUCUCUUUCGGCUCUUUUGGAGCUGGCCACGGAACCCCUGUGGUUGGUAUGCCAAUUGGGUCUGUUUGUCCGCAGUCGAAUAGCUCUCGAGGCUAUUGCCAAUAUUUCGCGAGCCAUUGGCAUCGUUGGUAGUGUGAUCUAUUUGCCAAAAACCUAUGGCCUUUACCUGCUGGCUUGCCCUCAGGUGAGAAAUCGGUUGUCUGUAAAGCUGGCUUUAUGGAUUUGGUUAUUUCCAUUAGUCCGCAAUAUCACCAAAAUUGCUACUUAACAUACAGUCGACCGUUUGGUCUACGUUUCUCAAGCAGACCAUUUUUCUUUAUGAAUACAAACCAUACUGCUGGUUGGAUAGUCCUAGACAAGGUCGGCUCCAACCUAACCUCCAGUUAGAAGAGAACGAAGGCAACUUAUGACUGACCAAACCUCGGCUUUCAAAGGCGAUUUUCGCUGUCUAAGUUGUCCAUGAUUCGUUGACCUACUUGGAGCCCUGUCAUUUGCACUCUCUUCACUAGACACGUGUGGAGGGUGUCAGCGCAGAUCACUGUUCACGUCUUCGACUGGAAAGCAUUUAAACUAGUGGUUCCAUUAGCGGCAGUUUCGGUAAAAUUCCUGAGUCUCGUUCUCCCAAAUUGCAACUUCGCGCCUCCGUCUUUUUUUCACAGAUCCUAUCAUUUGUUGGAGUAGAUCCCCCUGACCAAAAUCGGUUCAGCCCCAAAAACUAUUCGCCUCACAAUCAAAAGGCCGUUAAGUAUAAAUUUUGAAAGCCAUGGAUAGCAGUUCUUCCACUGUUCAGUCCGACCAGGCGCCCGCUGUAAGCCUUAAUUGUUCGCUUAUACACCAGGAGAUUUAUUCCGCCUGCGAAAUUCGUGGUUGGCUACUAGAACAUGACUCAACCUAUGUUCCGAAAGAUUACCGAAAAUCAUUGUAUACUAUGUGAUGAAGAUCAUGAAAUGUUAACUCAUGCAUUUGGGCAUGCUUUCAUGUGAACGAACUUGUUUAGGACAGCAUGCUGAACUAGUUGCUGCGGUGGGCAGUCUCAAAAGCGUCGCCCUUGAGUAAGCGCCCCUGAUCCCAAUAGAAUCUUUCUAUAGGUAUGGAUCACUCUGUACGCUUUGAAAGCAACAUUUGUCAGUUUCUGUUAUCGAACUGCAUGAAUAAUCCGCAAAUUUCGUUAAAAAAGAGCUUUGUAUGAGUAGGUUCGUCCUGUAAAAUACUAGAAUUCCAGGCCCAGACCGGGCGCGUGUAUGCGCGCAUCAGUUCCAUUGAGACAUGAUUGACUCCUAUCGAGAUCACGAAUGCCUCAAAGCCUGACUCUUGGUGAGAAUUGGCAUCAGUAAGCAGGUCGACUUGACCUUAUGCUACGAAAAUCUUCGUAAACGUCUGACAAGUGACGACUCGAGCGAGAACUGCAGUCCUGUGGGUAUAAGAGACUAGCGUCUUUUGGCGUCUCGUUGCACGCAUUUAUAUGAACAGUAACUGUACAGUAACGUAGAGGCUUGGCCUAUCAUCCGCUUGCUCCGUGGUAAUGUAAUAACUUUCGCCAUAUUUAUAAUGAUCUGGGUAGUGCACCUGUUGCAAACGUCGGUCUGUCAAAUAGAAAAUGGUCACAUCCAAAGUAAGAGGGCCAGGAUACCUGUUCCACUUUCCUCAUCGACAAUUUGUGCGGCAAUUUCGAUUGAAUUGAAUCAACUUGACCUGACAUAUUUUCUUCUAUUGCACAAACUUAUAAUUCGGAACCGACACGUAAGACAGCACGGACCUUGAGAAUUUGUCCUGUCACGGAGGGUGCCAAUUAUUUUGCUGGCGCCAUGUGACGAAUGAGUUAUUAAUUCUACAGGACAGACGGGAAGUAGUUAAGCAAAGAAGAAUCUUUCUAUUUGGCGGCUCCCCAGCCGUUUUCUAUGCACAUUUUACAUUCAGACUGCGAUGAACAGUUGCAGUCAUUCAUUUGGUUGGCGUAUUCUUGCAUCGUUAGGGACGCACACUAAACAAUUAAGCGUUUCGGGUUCUCAGUCCUAUAAGGGGAUUUUAGUUCCUACUGAAGAUAUUAUGUGUAAAACCAUUGGAAUGGGAAUAGAAGUUGGCAACCCAUCGGUGAUAGGCAAUAAGGACUAAAUCACUUUGUUGUACUCCGUCCCCCAUCACCUGGGUACGUGUUCUCAUGCCAACCAAUGAGAGCGUCAGCUGACGCUCGCAUCUACUCACAAAAUCAUAAGCAGGCCUUCGCUAACAGGAGUUACGGGAAAAACAACAUGGGAAAUGCUGAUAGGCUCAUCGGAUAGGCACCGGAUCCUCCGCAGUUACAGAAAGAAGCAACAGCAAGUCGGCGAAGCGCGUCUGUGCUUUUGCUUACUCUUUUAGGUUGGCAAUGGGGCGGGACAGUUUUAUGUAAGCAGAACUGACUACAGAAUGAUGUCCGAAAUCUCGGUUCUACCUCGCGGGCCGAUAACUGAUAGGUGUCGAGUCGUCUUGGCAAUGGAUGUAACACGUGUAAUUAAAAAAUACCGACUUAGAUCCCGUCGAAUUCCAAGUCCAUCUUCAAGCUAUCCUGGCUCGAGAGCUCUUUGUUUGGAGAAGCGUGGACUCUCGGCUACCCACUUUCAAAUUAACAUGUCCUCAUUACCUGACCCUACCGCGUGCAACCGCGACUCUGCUAACGCCUCUACAUGUAGUUUGUUAUUUUUCGUCCAGAUUCUCCAUGGAGCCACUCUCCUCCUGGGCUACGUCUUAUUCUUUACAUGGACGCUUUCACAACGACAGCGUGACCCUUCGUUCGGCGUCCUCCCCAUUGCAUCUACUAGUGACCUGCUGCCAAAUUUCUCUGAAGUAAUUUCGGUCAUUCGUACUUCUGUUGACCUUUCACACGUCAUUUAUUAACUCGGCUCUUUUUAGCUUCGUCACUCUUUGCUUUUUUGUCCGUAUAGUUUUUUUCCUCUACAGGCUUCCUUUGACGGUCCGUGCCUAAAGUUGUCCUGGGGCUUCUUCCGUCAGGGCUUGCUCAAGCAGUUUUUGACCGAAGGUGAGCAGAUCCGCGGUUGUGAACGUUUUUGCCAUGAUAACUAGCAGGAACGGGGUCGUUUGUCGGCUGAAUAGGGCGUCAUUGUCGUUUGCAAUAUUCAAAAGGCGAUGCCUUCGAGAAAUCAAACGACCCGCCUCUGCUGCUUUGUCAUACCAACAAUAUCCGCCACAUCGUCGUGGGUUUGCCGUUUAUAAAGCCGAUGCACAAGUUAUGCUCUCAGCAUCCCCACUGAUAUGCGGUUUCAAAAUUAUGGAAUGGGCAUGAAGACAUGGUUGCCUAUGCACGGUCGAAUUUCGUUCUCAAUACGCCUUACCGAUAAGAAUGUACGAGGUGAGACCUACAUUCAUAGCAUAUACCGUUUUGUUCUUCUUGUUCAUUGUCGAAGGCAGGACUGAUUGCGAAUAUCGAAAACACUGUGUGCACUCUCCUUUUUCACUUGGGCCGCAAACUCUCACGCAGAAGUGCCCGAGUAGUGUUUUUUCGAAAUAUUGAAUAUUCCCUCAAUAAUUCGGUGGGGAUGUCACCGAACUUUACUCAUAUUCGAGUUUAUCCGAGCAAACACAUUCCGUUCAGGAGCGAUAAACUCUAAGCAGGUACAGCCAUGAGAUCUCAGUCAUCCGGUCAAAAACUUCUACCAAAAGUGUCAUGUGGGACUGAAAUAUUCAAUGUAUAGGAAGUAUCUUGGAUACUUUUCGAUACUUUAAUUUCGAUUCACGUCACCUUACCCGGCUUUCAAGUUCGGCCUUACACAUUGUUUUUUUAUGGCGUUAUUGUAACCAAAAGGGAGUUCAAAGGCGCUCGCCUACCUUUCCUUUAAUAAAUCUGAUCUGAAGUAAAUGGUUUUAUCAACUAGGGCCAGUGGUGAUACAGACAUCAUAAAACGGCGACCGAGCUAGACGUCCCUUUUACAUUCUUUCUGUCAUUAGCAGAGAGGGCGGUUUAAGUCGCAUCGAAUCCACCCUCCUUGCACUUAUCAUAGUUCCAUGGCAAUACUGGUCUAAAGUAACUUGAAGCGAGCGCGGACGUAGUGGUCGACCUGGUGCAGAGAUCGCGUGCCGCACACGCGCCGGUCCGUAAGCACAGGCGAAAUAAACUCUACUCUUCCGGAUUUCACAUCGGCACGAGCUCAAGGUAAGACCACUGCCUGACCCCAUGCAAAGGUACUACUGGCUUGGCAGUUGCCGACGAAUGCUGUUCCAUAGACUUCCCUGCCGCCUGCUUUAAUUCAAUAGGCCUAGAAAGGAACUUCAGCAUGCCUAACUGCAAACUAAGAAACAUCAAGGGUUCUGUAUAGAAUUUUAAAAAGACUUUUGUCGAUUGCCUAAUAUGCUAACCUUAAAACAAUUCCGCAGAAUUCUGAGAAUUGCAUUGAGGAGUUUUGAAUUUCCCCCAUGGGACCCGAAGACAAUUUAAAUACCCCUCUGAUCCACCUUUACGCCACACAGCGUCUAUUUGGAGUCCUCUAGCAUUUUCUCCGGGCAGAGGGAUGGGUUACAAUUGAUGGAUCGACUUCCGAUAGCCAAGCAGCGGUUAACUGUCAGGCGGAAAGGCGUUUGUGGAAUUAAAAAAAAUAAUCUUUACCCCUUAUCACCCUUUUCGUCUUACCUCUCAAGGUCUACAUCUAUCUUGUUUUUAGAUUUUUACGCACGUCCUCUGAAUCACUUACGAACGAUUGUCCGAUUCUUUUCAUAUUCAAGUUCCAUAAUUGCCUUAAAAUUCGUAUCGGUUUCUUUUAACAUUGCUCUUUCUAGCUAAUCGAAUACUUGUUACCUUUCUUGAUUGACCUGAUAAACACUGACUUCACCUUCCUGUGGAACGUGACUAGUAAAGUUCGUUUCACCCACAGCAUGUUAAAUGUGGUAACGCUUUGUAGGGCUUAUCAUUUCAAUGAAACCAGUAGCUAACCGAUUUUUUGCCUUUUAGGUGAACGCUACCUCAUUAGUGCAUUUCAUCUCCUUAGCUUUUCUGACCAAGGUACGUCCCUCUUCGCCCCGCCCAUCUACCCUGAAGUGUGUACAAAAUAGACCGACACCGGUGCUGUUUCUGGUUAUUUUUAGCUCUCCAAACUGACGUUUCCCGUUCUCUGGUCUGGGUUGGCCUGGAAUGUUACCUCGAGCCGGCUGCGUCCAGUUGACCCGAAGUAUAGCUGUUUAGAGUCUUGUGUAGCUUUUUCCAGGUGUAAUCAGGGGCUCUGUUGUAGAUAGGGCCACUCAUGUAUCUGACUUCGUUGCUGAUUAUAGCGCACUUGCCCUUGUAAUAACUUGUUGCUCUGCCUUUCCGGCACGCGCAGUUGCCUUGUCAUAUUUCUAUCAGCCGCGCUUGCCUUGGUAGACACGCCUUCCUUUGCUCAAAAUAACGAAACAGCACAGAAAAUCUACUCUAAUCCUCUGUGGUCUGGUUGUUUAAAUCGACGUUGUUUGAGUGGUUUUGCAGCCCUUCGUGUUGUCUGUCGACCCAUCAUGACAUCCCAACCACGGCUGCGGCCCGUGUUUGUCGGACGUCGAUCCAGUCAGUUUCCCACAUUUAUGAAUACUUGAUCAUGUGGACAGAAUAAAAGUAGAGGUUUCAGGGUUUUCGAUCAUCGUUCGCUUGUGUUUUCUCCCUAAAUGUAACGCUACCGCCUCCCGAGACGGCUACGAAGAAAAGUCCCUAAAGGGGGAUUUUUGGCUUUCUGGAAUUCGAUCUUCGAAACCGAAUAGAUUAGCGCUUCGAGUUCACAAGAUUCGCCAACACACUAACUAUCACGGGGCCGCCCACGAAUAAUCUCCUGCCGUAUUGGGACUCGUAUUUUAGGCAACAAUUAUUGAAAAUCUUUUCGCGUCUGCGCACCACUUUUAAAACUUUCUUGUCAUGUUGCAGUUUUGCUCCUCCCCACUUUAACCACCGACUCAUGCCUUUUAAACCUUUGGUACUGAUGUCUGGUAAAAGAUUGCCCUCCGCAAAUUACACCGCCAAAUAUGCUCUCACUGAGGACAGUAAACUCUGCAUUUUGGUACGCACUGGGUAUAAAAUCUUGCAUGUUGCACAAUCUGUUACCGCGUGUUCUUCUCUCACCCUACGACGAAAGUUGUUUCAUAAACUACGAGCGCAUUCUUACCACCCUUUAUCUUCAAAUUGUUUUUUUUUACGUGAGUUGCCCCAUUAUCUUCUUUUCAGUGGUUCCCGAUGAGUGGCCGCUCUACUGCCGCAAUGUUAAACGAUAACAAUGGGGUGCUCGAUCGAGUUCUUUCCUGCCUUAUUUUUCAGCACGGUAGGGCAAGGUAAUGAGGGCCUCCUCCUCCCCCCUAUUACAGGGUGCCUUGUGUUAAAUUCCAGGGGUUAUAGUUAGAGUUGAAGUUAGUGUUAGGGUUAAGAGGGUUAUGGCUAGGGUUAGAGUUAGGACGCCGGGAUAGGUGUCCCCCGUAAUUCAGCGCAGGGGCGCCUGUAUUACGGGGAUACAUAUUCCUGUGCCCGACCUUUUCCACACACUUGUCGAGCCCGUGCACUCGUCGGCUAGCGGGAAUAUUGGCUUUUCGCUUUGAUCGUAAUUAAACAGAGUGCAUUUCGUCCCUGUCGGAUAAAAGGCUAAUCUGUGCUUUGUAUCCCUCCUCACUGGCAUUAUUCUAGAAGAUUUAGCAGUUCUAGCUCCCACAUGUCUGUUACUUUCCUGCCAACCACUUCCUGACUGUUCGUCAGGCUUACGUUGCAGAUCAUUAUCUUCAGUCUCCCACUGAGACCACUGGAGCCCUGCUUUCUAUCAAAUGACCUCUCCCUGUCGUUCCUUCUUUGCAGGCAUUUACGACCUCGUAAAUAAUUUGGGCUCCAUAGUGCCUCGAAUGCUCUUCAGCCCCAUUGAGGAAAGCUGUCAUCUACUUUUCUCGCAAUGCAUUCAGCGUGAGGAGCCCGCCUACCACCAGAACGAGGUAUGUGAUCUUCCCAGAACCGACAUCCAACCACUUUUGUCUGUCUUAUGACCAACCCAGGCGACAGAAUAAUGACUGCUAUAAGAGACCAUACAACCCAAUAGCAAAAUAAUAUAAAACAGGGCGUUGAGGUGCAAGAUGUCGGAUGGGAGCCAGAUGGGUUUAAGUUAUAGAUUGUUCCCUCGUUACUUCAAAUUUCUGCACAUCAGGUAGUUCUCUCCCCUGGAAAAUGUCAGUGGCCUCUAUUUAGUUAUCACUUAUUUUUGGAAUCUGGUGGCCCAACCAACUAAAUAUCUUGUCGUUGGGUUCUUACUUAGAUUAGAACUGUCAGCUCUGUCCAAUAACGGUGUCCAACCGGAUUCUAUGCCAGGAAAUGAAAAUAUGCAAUGAAAGAUUGUUGCCGAGCAAUAAGUGUUUCAAGUUGUCCAUCCUUGCGUGCCGGGCUGUGCUAGUACUGCUCCAUUUAGAUCCGAAAAUCGCUCGCGCUCGAAGAUGUUUUAUGAAGCGGAACCUUGUCACGUUGCGGGUUUUCUUUGAAUUUUUACAGCGGAAUGCUUCUGUCCCCUUUACCGUCUGAAUUCCGAAGAAUGAUUCACUAACCUAAUUACCCAGUCCAUGACUCCCCAUAUAUUUACUGACCUACAAUUCCCUUAAAUUACGAAAUUGGCAAAUUUUGUGGCUUUCGUUUGCUGUGCUUUCGGGCUUGGAAGCACGAUUAGCCUAUCUUUAUCCUGCCAUCCCGCCAAGGACUCCAUACUCGUACUUGGUGCGUCAGCAAUCUGGAAAGCUCGAUCCGCCUCGAUUUCUUCUAUGCAGUCCGAAUACCGAAGACCCAAUAACCACCCCCAUGUCUGACCGGAUUGCGUUGAGCUAGGUUUGGAAUUAACAUCCCCUAUGACACUUCUAGGUGGGCACCGACGCCGGAUCAAGGGCGACAAGACUUGACUCAUGUGCUGACGAUGAAGAACACUCCCAAACAAACCCAGUCAAUUUCGUUCAGUAGUCUGGCAUAUCCUCGUGAUGCCAGAACGGGUCUGAAACACUGACUAUCCAAAAUACCGCAAUGGUAGAUGACGAUACUGUGACAUGGCGAACAUGAAUUACCCUCAGAUGAGUUUGCUUGCCACCGUUGUCUUGUGGUUGGUCUCUUAAGCCAUAGCGCUAGCGGGGCUAAUUUCAAACAAACAAUCCGAGCGGCUGCUAGGGACCUGCCUGUACUCAAAAUUCUUAAGAAACCCCGUGAAACUAACGUCGUCCAAAGCAUCACCUCUGUAUUCGUGCGUCUGGUUACUGAGCCAGGUCUACAACCGAUCCCAGCGUUUUAUACUCAUCUCCGUACGUACCCGCUCCAACAGGCCAACUCUUGAAUGGCCUCCAUUACAUGGAAUCUUCUGCCUAUUCAAGUAAAGCGAAGAAUUUGUCGACUAAAACUAGUCAUGUGUGGGCGGAGAAUUUACUUCAAGUCCACACGCUGAUUUCAAAUGGGAUUUAAGAAACUUUUCUCUGUCAUUUAUUUUUUACCCCUGUGGUCUCUCCGCUGUGGCGACGUGUUAUUUCCCUGUGCAGAAGUGGGGGCUUUUCCCCAGAACUCCGUUGAAAUUUUUCAUGCAAGGAGAGCGGUUGCCGAUGGUUUGCUUAGCUGUUUUCCCUGACUCUCAGCAGGUGUUCGGAAUUUAACCCAUCUGAUCUGCACUUCGGCCUCCUUGUUGCACGUUCGCAUACAAACACAUAGCAUCCCUCUAUUACUGGAGAGUAACUUACAAUCGUUGGUAACUCAGUAUACAGCAACUGGAACGUUAAACUCAUACUUCAUCAUAGUGCUUAUCAAGCAAGUAGUGCGUAUAGUAGUCUGUUUUUGCCAUUGGUUGCAAUCAGGUUCGGGCACAGACAACCGUUCUACGCCGCAUUUCUAUGUUAAUUCUCCAUGUUGUCCCUCCUCCGCCCUGUCUACCUUCCGUAGGGUCUCCUACUGCAGGCACUUAGCAUGCUGCGGACCAGUCUCCGCUUGACCAGUCUCCUCGCCUGGGUCGGUUUCGUUUUCAGUCAAGCCUACUCACGCCUCCUUCUUUACCUCUACGGUGGAAGUUCCCUAGUCUCACAACAAACGGCCACUGAAUUGUUUCGCCUCUUCUCCUUCUAUCUCAUCUUCCUGGCUUGGAAUGGACCCACUGAGGCCUUCCUAAACGCAGCUAUGAACACAGUAAGCUUGCCGUAUCUUUAAUGACCUUGGCGCCUGUCUUUCCUGAACGUUGACCUGCCGAGGAAAAUAGACUUUCAUGACCUUCAGAGUCGUCCUUCCCUCUGAACUUUCACAGCUGUGUUGGACAGUUUUCCUCGUCCUACAGUGUGGCUUAACAUUGUUGAGUACAUGUUGAUCCGUUUUCCUUCCAGGACGAACUUAAUGUGCACAAUCGUCGUCUAACCGCGUUUUCAUUGGUAUUCCUCGCUAGCACUUGGCUUUUAGUGCCUCACUUCGGGGCCUCCGGCUUCAUCUUGGCGAACUGCAUUAAUAUGCUCGCUCGUGUUGCCUACAGGUAAUUAUUCGCAAAACGUCUUGUCUUAUUUCUAGCCUACAAUUGCUGUAGUAUUUCUUUACGUUCGUCAUUUUUUCACGCGCCUGCGACCAUUCAGUUUUAACUUCUCGCUGUUGCAGAUGUGGUUGUCUCUUUCUGAAACAUAUCCUGCCUUCUACUUUUAUAUCCCAAGCCUUCAAGUUGACCUGGAAAGUCAGUGAAUAGUACUGUAUGCUCGGAAGCUCGUGCUUCUCGUAAAAUUAGCUGCCACAUUACUGCGUACGCACGCGAUAAUCUGUUGUUUAUUGGGGAUUUCAAGUCAUAGCACCUGGAAAAUGUUUUCGGCUAGUUAUACGGUCUUGUUGCUCAGCUCAGAUGCUCGAAUAUCCACGAGUAAAAAACCGAAGUAAAGCUCUCCCACAGAGGUAGACGAGUUCGUGCGCAGCCCCGUGGAAAUUGGAUUACUGUUUUCGUCGACUAAAAACUUGGACAUGCUUUGGAGCCAGUGGUAUUAUCUAUAGCGCCUCUUCUUUUUGUUGAUUUGUAUACUUCCCUGGCGUUCUCCAUUUGCGGAACCCGUGCUGAGGCCUCAUGCGAUGUGUGACAAUUUCAGCUGUACGCUCACUAUGUCGAAAUCGCGGAAAUUUCUGAAGCCUUCCUGUACUUGCAUAACUUGCCGGUAAAGUAGUCCAGUGAAUGAGCCACAGACACUUCUUAUUUGUGGUUUUGGAAAAAGCCUGGCUGCUUGUUUUGAAUAUUUCAUAGUGUUCUUUUCUUCUUGCAUGCAGUUGUUUCUUCAUCCAUCGAUUCAUGGCUGCAGCUCAGUACAGACCAGACAGAACUCUAGAUGACCACAGUUUUCAUGGUUACUCUUACCCAACAAUUGCGGAGCUUCGAUCCUUUUCAUUGCCAAGACUGCUGUUACCGUCAAAACAGCAGACCUUCGCUUUUGUUCUGGUCGUUGCCUUCACUCUGGCUUCUGAGGUAUCCUGCAAGCUUAUUUUUUAGUUCACUUCUGAUGUUUUGAUACUUUUUUUGGUUUCCUCGUCGCGACAUGUGCACCACUUACCGUUAUGCUCAUAACGUCUUAUUUCCGAACUGGCUCGGUCGCAUAAGUAAUUAAGAUGUUCGUCAACAUGUAUUUCACAGUCAAGAGGAUAACCUUCAUCGCUAUCGCUGCAUAGAUGGUGCAUUGUACACGCAUAGAAACCGACACCUACAUAAAGUCUUAACUACGUCAAUCAAUCCUAAUUAGAAAAUAUAGCACGAGGAGAAGCGUCGAUGAGGCUGAAACCUGGGGAAAUGCUAGUCAAGUAGUUGGAUAGACUGGACAUAAUUGCCACUCUGGGAGGAGAGGUGACCAAUGGCUAAUAGUAAAGAGGGUGUCUCGGUAACUUUCAGUCGGUAGAUACGACCGAUAUCGUGAAACAGGCGCAUCUUCUGCUGUGUAUUCGAUCACAUUUGUGUCCCUAAGACGGGCCACGCGGCAGAUCCGCUGGAUCAACACGGGGGCCAGAUCGGAGUCCGACAGGCGUUAUCGGAAAUGCGCACCCAUGACAAAUUCCAACAUUGGAGUGUGGUGGAAGACUCAGUUGCCUGUUCACUGAGCGCCAAUUUGGAUUCGUGCCGUUCGCCUAUUUCUGUUGUUAUAAAAUCCUGGCUAGUGUCCGUUGUGAACCAAGGAGUGUGGUGGUACACCUAGUUGCGGGUUUUCGCCGCGCCAGCCACCUGCGCUCUCUCCCGCCUCCGGUCUUCUUGACUCUUUAUUGACACCGGGUCCAGAUGGAGGAAGGGGGAGCGCGUUAGAUACAUCGAAGUCUACUAUCACUAAAAAGAUUCACGUGCAUGUCACCGUCCCUGCACUCACCCUGCUGUGGAGCUCACGAUGGACAACGUCGAUCACGACGACUGAACUGUCAUUUGAUCGCAGUACUAAUUCCUUCUGUUGCUUUCAGCAGUGGUAUAUCGCGCGGAGUCUGUUUAACUUCUACUUGGUCGUCGAGAUAACUGAUUUGGAAUUUCUCCACAGACUAUCGGGUUUGCGUAAACUUUUUACACUUGUCGACACAGCCUUCUUUCGGCAUUUUAUUUGUUUUAAGGCAACUGCUGUAUUAGAAUCGUCAAAGCCUUCGGUCCUUGCCUCUUACUUAUUCACUUUCCAUGGUUUAUUUUAGAAACACUUCUGCGCGGAGUUCGCUCUUUCCACUAUCCUGAUCCACACAACAAUCGGUGCUGUUGCUCUAUUAGUGGUCUUCGGGGUCAUCAUCUAUCAAGAACAUGAACUAGCCAAGUUUGCCAAACGCAUCGCCGUGACCAGACGUUUCACCGGUCCUAGCCAGUAG